CGACAUCUUCUUCACCAGCUCUUCCGCAACGUCAGACACCAUGGUCGUGAGGAUCAGAUUAGCACGCUUUGGGCGCGCCCACUCUCCCUUCUACAAUAUCGUCGUCACGCAAGCUCGGACCGCGAGGAAUAGCAAACCGAUUGAAGUCUUAGGAACAUACGACCCUAUUCCCAAGCCGCCGUUAGAUGGAGAAGGCAAGCCGUGGAAGGAUAUCAAGCUGGAUAUUGCCAGGGCGAAAUACUGGUUAGGUGUUGGAGCACAGCCGAGCGAUCCGGCAUGGAGACUGUUGUCGAUAGCUGGCUUGCUGGAGCCGAAAUACCGUCCACCGCCAGCGAAUGCUCAGGCCCAAAAGCCGAAAGAAAAGGCGUAGUAAUCAAGACAAGUGUACGAUG